AUGGUGCCUGUGCGUACGCCGGAAGUGCCCCAAGAAGUUCUGCCAGUUGCAGAGCACGCAAUCAUUAGCUGGCUGCUGUCUGAGUGCAGGACCAUGGGCGUCGACAUACCUGACGCACACUCGAAUCUAAUCCAGUAUGGAUUGAAGAGUGCGGCCGCCACGAAUUUGGCGUCUGCAGCCUCGAAACAUUUCAAAGUGAAGAUUCUUGCCACUCACGUCUACAUCCAUUACACCAUCGCAAACCUUGGCCGCUUUCUCGCUGGCAAACUCGAGGCGCGCAGCCCAGUUUGUUUCGGCAAGUCACCAGAGGUCAAAGAGAUGCUCUACUUGACACCAGACAGAGCUCCUGCUGCGAUCUGCAGCAUGGGGGUCAUAUCUGGGCGCUGCCGUUCCUGGCAGACCUUCUGGCAGCAUCUCUUUCAAGGCAUUGAUCAGGUUUGUCGAGCCCCAUCGCCGCGAUUGUCUUUGGGCUUGCUAUCGAGAGAAGCGGGGUUUAUUGAUGAUAUCGAGUCUUUCGACUUCGCAUUCUUUGCGGACAUGCUUUCUUGGAGUGAGGCAUGCCACAUGGAUCCCCAGCAGCGUCUCUUGCUGGAACUUUUCGGGGGGGAGGCGCCCCAGCCGGGAGAUGCGGCGGUUUGUGUCGGCACCAUGACCCUGGCGGUGGAGUGCAAUGACCUGACAUCCCGUGCUCCCAGCAUUUUGUCCAACCGUUUGUCCUACGUCUUUGACCUCAUUGGCCCAUCAUACACUUGCGAUACUGCUUGCGCCUCUUCCCUCAAUGCGCUCCAAGGCGCUGCGCGCGAGCUGGGGGAAGGCUGCAGCAGGGCGUAUGCGGCCGGUUGCAGCGUCAUUUCCGAGCCACGCAGUUUCAAGGCGGCCGAGGCGAUGCAUCAUUUGCUUUCUCCCAAAGACCGGUGCAAGACCUUCGAUGCCUCAGCGGACGGAAUUGCACGAGGCGAAGCUGUGGGAUUGUUGUGCCUCCAGAAGACCUUCGACAAUGUUUGCGGCAGCCUGCUUGCCGUGUCCACUGGACACAACGGCCGCACAGCUGUCCUGACCACGCCCUCCGCAGACGCCCAGAGGUCAGUGAUUCUCAGAGCCCAAGAGAAGGCCGGCUUGUCUCCCAGCCAGAUCGAUCUUCUAGAGGCUCAUGGGACAGGAACCCGCAUUGGUGAUUUGAUGGAGCUUCAGGGCCUGCACGUGGUCUUUGGCCAAGACCGCACGGCUCCGCUGGUGCUGGGGGCGCUAAAGACGCAGAUCGGGCACAGCGAGGGGGCGGCUGGGGUGAUGUCCGUCAUCAAAGCCCUGCUGAGCAGUGAGAAGCGCUGCAUGCCCAGGAACUUGCACUUUGAACAGCUGGUGGAGGUUGACUUUGACAUGAGCUGGGCUGGGAUUCCAAGCACCUGCGUUGAGCUCCCGAAGCAUGGAGCACACUUCGGCAUCUCCAGUUUCGGCUUUGGAGGAGCGCUUUGUCAUGCCAUUGUAGCUGGCGCGGGUGAGCGGCUUUCGGAAGUCACACAGCCAGUUGAACCCCAGCAUCAGCGCCAGCAGCUGUACCAGCAGCACCUGCUCUUGGGACAGCAGUUGCAAAGCGACCCAGGACAGUUCCACUUUUUGUCCGGCAUCGAUUCAGACGCCCACCGUUUCUGGGACCACAUAGUGGAUGGCGUGCCGGUAUUUCCGGCCGAGGCCUCCCUGGAAAUGAUGUUUGCCCUGGCCAGGCUCCUGCGGCUACCGCUCUGCCUCCAAAAGGUGCGCUUCAUUCAGCUCUUGGCCUUGACGGAGCCAAGGGAGUUGCACACGGCAGCUUCCUUCUCCGGGUCUGACCUCCAUGUGACCAUCCGAGCCAUGGAGAAGCCGCUGGCCACUGGCAUUGUCGCCAGUCCGGACCCAACACAGGAAGCCUCCAGGAAGUUGCCCUUACAGCCCCCCAAAGAGUUUACACCCGCGCAAAUAUACAGCACCUGGCCCAGCUACGGAGUAUCCUUCCGGCUCAUCGAAAGGCUUCAGCUUUUUGAAACCUGUUCCUGGGCAGUGCUUCGUCCCCCAGCGGACCAUGCCUCUCGCACAACUCCCACUGGUUUGUUGGAUGCUGUUCUCCAGGUGCUUGCUUUCUCAAUGUUGACUGCGUAUGAAGCUCUCCAAGCGCAUGCGGUUUGGGUGCCAACGCAGGUUGGCAGUGUCAAUCUGCUUCGGGUGCUCUCUGCCCAAAGCUACAAAGCAUAUGCCUGGUGGGAGGACAUCAACUCGGACAUGCCAGAUUUGCUGGUGGGGCAUGUGGAGCUUCUAUCAGAGGGGACUUGCGUCGCCACGCUGCGCAAUUGCCACUUCCGGAGGCGAGACCCACAUGUGUCUUCGAAGCCUCCGGCCGAUCUUCAAGCUUUGACCCUCAAGUGGAAGGAACUGAAGAAGCCGAUUCCAGCUGAGGAGCUGAGCACGUUGGCGACCCUACGCCUGACUUAUAUGCCCGGAAGGCAGAGCCAGCUAGUUUUUCAGGGUAAGCAGGCUGCCUUCGCAGGAAUGGAUGGCAUGGGCAUGGAGGAGACCCAGAUGCUGGCAAGGGUGAUCAAUGCACUCAAGGACACGCCCGUUGUCGUUCGAUAUAUUUGGCCAGCUCCAAGGGCAGCUGCACAGGCCCAAUCAGAUGCUGACCUGAUCGAGGAGUCAGAAACCAUUUGCAAACAGAUGCUGCACGUCAUGCAGCAGCUCGAAAAAUGUGAUGUGAAUAUCCAUAAGCUUCUGGUGGUGACGCAAGGUGCAAUCCCAGUGGGCAAUGGUCCAGUCAACCUUGCACAGAGCGUGCUGAGCGGCAUGUGUCGCGGGCUCCAAAGUGAGAAGCUGCGCUGGAACGUGACCCACGUGGAUGUUGAUUCCGGAGCUGAGGAGUGGAGCCACUUUGGUGAGCCCGUGAUCGCUGCGCGUGGCGGCCUGGCUUUGGGGCUUCGAUUGGAGCGGGUUGACCAACCAGAUGCCGCCUUCCGACCCCGUGAAAAUGACCACUUCUUGAUCACAGGUGGCCUGGGAGGCUUGGGGCAGACAGUGGCAGCAGCUUUCUGGCAGCAAGGCGUCCGGCGUUUGACAUUGCUGACACGCUCCUGGAAACCAGGCUGCGACUUUGAGAGCUUCCCAGGUGCCGAAAUUCUUUACUCCGACGUUUGCGACCUGACAGAGCUGCCCAGCAGCAUCACAGGGAUCAUCCACGCUGCUGGCGUUCUGUUCGAUGAGCGCUUGGGACAGAUGAGCUGGCAGAGCUUCGCCGACGUUUUGCAUCCCAAGGUUCACGGGGCUUGGCACCUUCACCGCCUCUCCAAGACUUUGCCGGACCUCUCGGUCUUCAGCCUUUUCUCAUCAUCCAGCACAGUGCUUGGUGUAUUUGCUUGUCCUGGCCGACCUUUGACCAAAUGUCCCACGUUCUUCCAACUGGCCUGUGGCACCAUCCCGCCCGUGAUUUACCAACCAAACCGAUCGCCAAAUGACUUGGCAUGGUUGACAUUGACAUGGUCUCGCCCACUGUGA